AUGCCGAGGGACCCCUGGGAUGCAGCUGUAUUUGCCAUACGUGGAUGCCGAGGGACCCCUGGGAUGCAGUCUGAUGUAUUUAUGUUCCUAGGUACCUGCAGUGGCAGCUGGAAGCAGAUGACUGGAGAGCAGCGCAGCGGGUCCAUCUUUCGCUCAUGGAAUGGUGCUUCAAAGCCCACAGACAUCCCCCCAACUGCCACAGUUAAGUUUCUGGGCGCUGGAACAGCAGCCUGCGUAGCAGACCUCUGCACCUUCCCUUUGGACACUGCAAAAGUCCGGCUGCAGAUCCAGGGAGAAUCCAAGCCAACCAAGAGCAUGGCGACCAUCCACUACAAAGGCGUCCUGGGCACCAUCGCCACCAUGGUGAAGACGGAGGGUCCCACAAGUCUGUACAAUGGCCUGGUGGCUGGGCUCCAGCGUCAGAUGAGCUUCGCUUCCAUCCGCAUCGGGCUGUAUGACUCAGUGAAGCAGUUCUACAGUGCUCCAGGAUCGGAGAAUGCCAGCAUCCUCACCCGGCUGCUGGCUGGCUGCACCACCGGCGCCAUGGCAGUGACGUGUGCCCAGCCAACCGACGUGGUCAAGGUGCGAUUCCAAGCACACGUGAGGCUGACGGAUGGAACCAAGAAAUACAACGGGACUGUGGAUGCCUACAGGACCAUCGCCAAGGAGGAAGGGGUCAGAGGCCUCUGGAAAGGGACCUUACCCAACAUCACCCGCAACGCCAUUGUGAACUGCGGAGAGAUGGUUACCUACGAUAUCCUCAAGGAGAUGCUGCUGAAAUCUCAGCUAAUGACAGACACUUUUCCUUGCCAUUUCGUCGCUGCUUUCGGAGCUGGGUUCUGCGCUACAGUGGUGGCUUCGCCUGUUGAUGUUGUGAAGACGAGAUACAUGAAUUCCACCCCCGGCCAGUACAGAAAUGCUUUGAACUGUAUGCUCACCAUGGUGAUCCUGGAAGGACCCACUGCGUUUUACAAGGGGUUCAUUCCCUCAUUCCUACGGCUGGGCUCCUGGAACGUGGUGAUGUUUGUGACCUACGAGCAGCUGAAACGCGCCAUGAUGCUGGCCCAGGAGGCGUGGACGUCUCCAUCCUAAGCCCCAGGGAGGUCUCUGGGAUGAGAUGACAGAGGACAGCUUGGGGGACCCCGUGGAUUCCCCCCGCUUCCCAGGAAAGCUUGCAGAGCCAGCUCUCACUACUGGACUUUGACAGAGACAUGCGCUCACUGCUGCUGAGAUGGGAAGAUGCAGCUUAGGGUGGACUGUCUGCAGACAGCUGGCUUUUCAAAACCCACUGGUCAGGGUUGACGUGAUGCCAAAGCAAAUUACAGUAUUUAAACAUGGCCAAGGGAUGCAUGAUAUUGAAGCAAUGAAAAGGGACUUGAAAAAGCAAAACCUUCAGGGAAUCCAAACUGUAGUAAAGCUUUCGACGUGGCCUCUGAGCUCUUCGAAUGCCCUUGGGCCCAGGUGCUGCCAUGUGGGCAGGAAACCAGAUCAUAAUCCAAGGAGCUGACCACCCACAGAUGGAUCUGCAGCAGGAUACCGACCUAUCAGCUGAGCUGCCUGCAGUGCAAACUCACGAAUGUCCCGGAGCUGCGCUGAGAAGGGAUUAUUAAAGGAGCAUUGCCCGCCCCGAGUGGAUCACUCAUGUCGCUGGGGAAUAGCGCUCAUUAAGUUGUAUCGCUGUUAUUAACCACCGGCAGCCAUUACUAAUAAAAGCACAAACUGCCCCCAUAGUA